AUGCAACGUGCGGGCGGCGCUUCCGGGCGGCCGGGCGCACACGCGCUCCCGGGGGGCGGGGUCGCCGAGGCCCCUGGUGCAUGCCGGGAUGGGGCGUCUGGCAGGGAGGGGCGUGUGGCUGGAAUCCCUCCGCGGCUGCAGAGACCCCUGCCUCCUCCCCGGUCCAAGCCGCCGGGCGGGUUCGCUCAGCGCCUUCCGUGCGUCGUGGUGUCCGACUCGGGGAAGCACGCCUUCAGGUACGUGGUGCUCAGCGACCGGCUCAUCUACCUGACCGAGAACCCGCCCAAGUCCGUCCGGCGGGUCGUGGCGCUGCGGGACGUCGUGGCCAUCGACCUGAUUGAUGAUGACCCAGAAUUUUUGAGUUCACCAGGUAGAGAAACCAACCAACACAUUCGUAUUAUCUACUCUUCAAGUGUUUUGAAAAAAGAGUGUGAGAAAUCAAAAGGUGUCAGGAAAUUCUUAUUUCCAUUUCAUCAUGCCAAUCCUAACAACAAAAAAGUCAAAGAAGAGAAUAAUGGCCCUGUGUUUUGGAGAGGCAAAGAGCCUGGGAGUCUGAAUGAAUCCUGUCUCAGAUGCCACCAAGAGAGCAGCACAUCGUCCAAGGACUCAACCCUCUGUCCUCCUUCAGACCUCAAGAAGCUGUCCCGUCAUGGCCAACGUGCCUUUCGACCCCUACCUACCCCCUCCAGGAGGAGGUUUCAGUCCACAUCAGCCACUGGCAAGGCUGUCAGCAUGCCAUCUUGCACAGCAAACACAAAAGAACCCCAGGGAUUUCCAGAUCACAGAGACUCUCAAAGUGAAAUCCCUUUUGAGUGCAGUGGGAACGGAAAUGAGUUUUACUUAGGAAAUUCCUCCCCGGCCUCCCCUUUACAGAGCAACCGAAACCUAGAGAAGAAGGAGUCAGAACUUCACUUGUACAUUAUUUCCACAACCUCAUCCAUAUUUCUGCACCUAAAAAGUUCAUGGAACAAUUAUAUUAUAAAAGCCACUCUUUUACAAGAUCCCCUCUAUGUUAGUGAGCUCGGUCCUGCAGUGGGAAGUCAAAAGCCCUACAGAUCCGAGGAGAAAAUUAAGCACUUCAGUCAACUUAAAUCUGAACUUUUUCUUAAAGACAACACUUUGAGGAAGAUACUUUGUUUAAUUACGGAAUUUAAAGUAGCAGCCCAGAAAAACUUCAUUCUGAAAAGGCUCUUCUGGAAAACCAGUGACCUUUUCUAUUUCCUAGUGAACAAACUUCGUGAGUACUUGCCAGAGUCUAGGGAUAAGAACGCACUUCAGAAUAAAAGCCGAAGGGCUGAUGAACUGGUGGCAUGCAUUGAAAUUAUGCAGACCCUGGGACUGAUGUUCAGAGAAACAGAAACCGAGUCAUCACGCCUGAACACAUUGGCAGCUAAGAGGGGAACGCUAUUUAAUCUCUUGGUAAUUUUAAUUAGCGAGCCUCAGAUUCCAAAAUCUUGUCCUGUGUUUGACGUCCAGUUGGUGGCUGACUCAACUUUAGUUGAGAUGUCUCUUGAUGCUGAGUUACAGAAGCUUAUCCUGGAAUAUACGGAUACAGCUACAGCACUUUUAUAUGAGAUACUUCUUGUCUUUCAGCAGGGAAGUCUUGGAUUGGGAUCAACGAGGUUUGCUAUGAGCUGGAUGAUGUCCUUUCUGCAAAGUCUUCCUCCCAUAAUGACUUUUGUGGCCACUAUUGUGAAACAAGUGGUGAAGGGGCUUUCAGCUUCGCUUCAGCUGCUAAGUCCCAGCCAAGCACUUCUGUUGUACCAGCAGUUCUACAUCCUCAGAAGCUGCCUGCAGUACAGCAAGACUUUAGCUGAGUAUAUUAGGAAUGACUACAGAGAAGAAUUCAGGUACUUUAUUCACAUGCCAGCCUUGGAAAAGAGGCUCCCAUUGUGUUACCCUAUUACCCAACCUACCACUCAACUUUUUCAUGAAGUUCGGAAAUUGGUUGAACAGAAACAAUAUGUGAAAUGUUAAUAAGAGUAUAAAAUGUUAAUCAGGAAUC